AUGGAGAGAUUAGAGAGAAGGAGCAAGAAGGAUCAAGAGAAGAAAGAAAAGAGAAGAAACUUUGUCGAAUUAAUAACGGGCAACAAUAACAACAACAACGGCUUUAAGAAAGAGAUUGUUAUUACAAACGACAACAAUAACAACAACGAAUUUUCAAUAGGGUCACCAGUACCUUCACCAAGAUGUGUAUUUGAAGUACCGAUCUCGGAUUCAGACAGCACGGGAAGUGAAAACUACAGCAGUUCACAACGGGCGCAACAGGGAGGAAAGUUAUCACCAAGUGGAGGAGCAGAUGGACAUCAAUGGAGGAAUAUGAUUGAUGCAUUGAGGUUUAAGUCUGUGAGGAGAUUUUCUACCAUUCCUUUGCUUGCUGCUAGCUAUGAAAUUUCUAGGAGAAAUUUGAGGAAUAAAUUGGCUCGUGCAAGAACAGGUAACGAGGAUGAGAAUGAUUUUGAUGGUUCUCUCGAUCUCGAAGGAAUUACUAAGCCUUCUUGGAGAAAUUUUAGUUAUGAAGAUCUUGUUGCUGCAACCGAUAAUUUCAAUUCUGAGAACAUGAUUGGAAAAGGUGGCCAUGCAGAAGUGUACAAAGCAAGGUUACCAGAUGGACAAGUUGUAGCAGUGAAGAGACUAAUGAGGAAUGAAAAAGAAGCUGGAGAUAAAGCUGGUGAUUUCUUAUCAGAGCUUGGGAUUAUUGCUCACAUUAACCAUCCAAAUGCAACAAAACUCAUUGGUUUUGGAAUCGACCGCGGACUCUACUUUGUUCUACAGUUUGCUUCACAUGGAAGCCUUUCUUCUAUGCUCUUUGGUUCUGAAUGUUUGGAAUGGAAGAGAAGGUUCAAGGUAGCACUUGGUGUGGCCAAAGGUUUGCAGUAUCUUCAUGAAGAUUGUCCGAGAAGAAUCAUUCACAGAGAUAUCAAAGCCUCAAACAUAUUACUCAACCAUAAUGAUGAAGCUGAGAUUUCAGAUUUUGGAUUGGCGAAAUGGCUUCCAGAUAAAUGGGCACACCAUGUUGUUUUUCCAAUAGAAGGCACAUUCGGAUAUUUAGCUCCAGAAUAUUUCAUGCAUGGACUUGUGGAUGAGAAGACUGAUGUUUUUGCAUUUGGGGUAUUGUUACUUGAGCUCCUGACGGGUCGCCGUGCCGUUGAUUCCAAUAGCAGGCAAAGUCUUGUAAUCUGGGCUAAACCACUAUUGGAUGCAAAGCAAGUGAAAGAAAUAGCAGAUCCAAGGUUAGAAGAGCAAUAUGAUCUAGUGGAAAUGAAGAUUGCCAUGGCAACAGCUUCCAUGUGUAUCCACCACAUGUCCUCUAAAAGGCCAUACAUGAAUCAGGUUGUGCUACUAUUGAAGGGAGAAGAGGUGGCUAUGGACUUCACUCAAAAAUCAAUAGCACAAAGGUCACUCUUGUUAGAUGCAUGUGAUUUAGAAGACUAUACUUGUUCAAAUUACUUGAAUGAUAUCAAUCGGCACAAGCAAUUAAUCAUGGAGUAA